AUGCGGUCCGGGGGCGGGGACGAUGCGCAGAGAGCGGGUGAUGAGCAGAGCUGGCCCGGGAGGCUGCACGGCCACCCCAACCCCCCCGCCCUGGACGGGUUCAGGAGCCCGGCUAAGCUGGGACUGCCGGGGCCCCCGCCCCCGUCCGCGUCCCCGUCCCGCGCUCGGGCCGCGAUGGAUUUCGUGUCGGGCCCGGAAACGCCGCAGUCGCCCGGGGCAGACUCGCCGGCGCCACCCGAACACCUGUUUUGGCUGGGCCUGAGACGGUGGCCCCAGGUGAGACCACCCCCCGCCCCGCGCCCCAUCCUCACCGGCCCAUCCUCCCAGCUCCUUCUCCAGGUCCCGUCCACCCCGAACCGGCCUUCCGAGCAUUCCACCCCCACCCUCAAGCCACACACCCCGGCGGAAGUGUCUUCCAACAUGAGAAGGUAG